ACUCCGUCGCUUUCUCCCGAAGCCAUCGCCGAUCACCUCCCCCUCGAUCGCACCAUCUCCGUGAGCAUCACGAUUCUCUCAAACCCUAACAAUUUUACCUCCCCCUUUCUUCUUUUCGAGCGCUGGUGUAUCAUGGAUCAGUUGGUCACAAACCAGCAUGUUAAUGAUGCUCAGGGAUAUGAUAUAUUCGCCAAUCUAGCAGACGACAUUAUUUACAAAAUCUUGUCCCUUCUCGGGGCGAAUGACCAGGCAAAAUUUGCCCUACUAUCAAAAAGGUGUAGACAAUUCUUACUCUCUAGCCCAUAUAUGAAGUUCGAAUGCUAUUGUUUGCCCGAUGAUCCAUCAUGCUUAUGUGAGGAGUUCACUAAUUUUGUGGAUAGAAUACUGAGCCAGCGAAAUGGGUUGGCGAUAGUAAGCUUUCGCCUUCAAUGGAUUUGUUUUAAUGGCAACUGCGAUGCAAAACAAUAUUUUGUUGAUAAGUGGACAAAUAUUGCUGUAAGCUGUGGAGUUCAGGAGCUUGAUCUUGCGGUUGGGUUUAGGCAUGAAGAGGAAUUGUUCAAGAUGCCAAACUGUAUCUUCAGUUCCAGAUUCUUGCGUGUGCUCAAGUUACAUUUGACUUAUAACAUUCUCCUGGAACCAAUUGGAGUCCUUGCUUCUCUUGAGGAUCUAUCUCUAUGUAGUAUGGCACUGCGUGCUGAUUGCCUUGAAGAGUGGAUUUCUACUGCAUGCCCGUCACUUAAGAGGUUGACAAUUUCACACCUUGUCAAAGGGAUUCGUAAUGUGAGAAUUACCAGUGAGUCUCUUGAAGAAUUAGAUAUCUUCAAUCUUCCCACUGAUGUCUACAAUAUUGACAUCACAACUGAGAGGCUGCAGAAGUUAUCUUUAAACUUGAAUUCGUUGCGUAAUCCAUUCAAUUGCAUCUUGAAAGUUAAAGCCCCUAAUCUGCAAGAUUUGAAGUGGACGGGGGCGGUAAAUGACAUUUAUCUGAGUGAAUGGAAAUUUCUGAAGAAAGCCUCUCUCUGUCUUGAUAUAAACAAGACCUAUCAUGAAGAGAAAACUAUUUGCAUCCGCUUGGCUAAGCUUCUUCAGAGUAUACAUCAUGUUAGAGUGCUACAGAUUAACAGUGACACUUUUGAGAUGCUUUUGCUAGGUGAUCAGCUGCAGAUUGCGUUGAAUAAUCUCCAUCACUUGGCCAUUACAGUUGAUGGUUUGAUGGAGUACCAUUUCCCAGUUUUUGCUUCCGUCCUGAUGGUUUCGCCUAAGUUAGAAACCCUAUCCCUCAAAUAUAGUGGGAAGCCAUAUCGACCGCACUAUGAAAUGCUAUUGGGCUUGAUGGCGUCCCAGUUUUACAAACGGCAUGAAGGAAAUCUGAACCUUCUUGGCGAUCACCUGAGUGCUAUAGUAGUAGAGCUGAAAGGAAAAUUUUAUCAGACUGGGUUUGUGAUUGCAAAUAUGGUUAAGGUUGCAAAAGGCUUGAAGAAGAUCACUAUCUUUUAUUCAAGGAAACAUUUAUUGAUAGUGCUGAAGAUGUGGAGUGAUAUUUGGAAGGUGGCCUCUCCACGACUCGAAGUAAACUUAGUCGAGAAAAAAAUUUGACAAAUGAAGAUCCUCAGUAUGAAAUUGCGUUCCUCAAGUACUGCUGGACCGUCGCGUCCUAUUGUAGAUUUGUUGAGAACAGUUGCUAUGUAGUGGUGUUAGGGUGAGAGUUCAUGUCGCGUAAUGCUAUCAAUGAAUUGUACAAAAGAAUCAAUCUGUGUAGCUUACAGUCGAAAAGGAAAUGCGGCAUCCAUUAACAAGUUUUGCCCGUCUUCGAAGCUCAAAUGCUGUUAAUACGUCGGAUUUAUCUGAUUGUUUCUUUUUGUUUUUCUUUCGAGUAGCGAGAAUUACAAUAUAAGCUACUGUUGAAAGCAAAAUUUCGAUGAUAUUUUACGUAUACUAUGCAUUUAGAUUCACGGAUAUAUCUAUGAUUGUUGAGACUUGAA